UGAAGCAAAUUUUUUUUCACAAAAUAAUGCCAAAUCUCCCAUUUAGUGAUUACUUUAUAGAUUUAGAUAGAUAGUAUAGAUUAGGAAGCCUCCAUAUUGUUCACAAUCUCCUCAUAAUAACCCUAUCUCUCUUUAUACAUGAUCCUCCCCACCCCAACUAAUUACAUUUAUUAUGCAUUUAUAAUUAUGUCUCACUAUCCCAUCUAAUUAAUUCAACCUUGAAAUGAAUUCCAACACUACCAUUUCCAAUCCUUCAAAUUAGCCAAAUUUCAAAUUUGACAGAAAGAAUCACCCCCAAAAAAAAAAAAAAAAAAAAAAAAAAGUUGAAGAUGAUGAAUGUGUUGCAGAGUUUCCUAUUCCCACCACCACCAUCAAUCUUUGUGACAGCUAUGUCAUUCAUAAGCUUUGGUUCACUCGCAAAUGCAGGUUUAUCUGAAUUAAGGGGAAAACAUUUACAAUACUCCAAGUUUGUAAAUUGGAAUGUUCCUAAUAAAAUCCAACAAAAACAGAUUAUAAUUUCUAGCAAAGUUGGGAUGGCUUUUCUUUAUACUCCUGCUUUUUUAUUUGGGGUUGCUUCCUUUUUCAUUUUCCCUGAUGAAGGUUUCAGGUUUUUGUUGCUUCGUUCGGCUCUUACUAUCCAUUUUCUCAAGAGGGUACUUGAGGUGUUGUUUGUUCACAGAUUUGGAGGUAGUGGGGUUGCUCUUCAUGCCGCAAUCCCAAUUGCUCUUAGUUACUUCAUCUCCACAGUGACAAUGAUUUAUGCACAACACCUAUCGGGACAAUUGCCAGAGCCAUCUAUCGACCUGACAUAUCCUGGAGUUGGGUUGUUUCUAUUGGGUAUAGGUGGCAACUUGUACCACCAUUACAUCCUCGCUACACUGAGGGGAGAAGGUGAGAAAGAGUAUAAGAUACCCAAGGGCGGCUUGUUUGACUUGGUGCUUUGCCCACAUUAUUUGUUUGAGGUGUUGGGAUUUGUUGGUAUUUCUUGCAUAGCUCAAACACCAUAUACCCUCGCUUUCACAGCCGGAACAACCUUGUAUCUGCUGGGUCGGAGUUGUUCUACUAAGAAGUGGUAUAUGUCUAAGUUUGAGGACUUCCCUAAAGAUGCCAAGGUUUUUCUUCCUUUUAUUUUCUAGUUUUAUUCAGGAAGCUGAGUUAUGACAAUUUUCUAGUUUAUGUUUGCUGAAUGGCAGAACAACACCACAUACAACACCUCAAUUAUUUAGGUGCUAUUGUUUCGUAGACACACACACUUCAAUGAUACCAAGCUUGCUUUCCUACGUUGAAUCACAUGUUCGAAUCUUCCCUAAGAUGUACUCUCUAUAUCUGUUGGAUAUAUCUGAUGUAAUUUUUUUUUUUUACAUUCUGUAAUUUCGUCUCUAUCAAACUAUUGUUGCUCAUUCCUACUAGAUCACUGUUUGAAAUUUGAACAACAAAA